GGUCCCUCAUCACAUGACUAUGAGCAAAAGUUGCUCGGCAGCGCCAUCGCAUCAGCUGACUUCAGUCGUUUUGUUUUCCCUAAAUAUCAAACGACACAUCACAUAAGUAACGUUAGUGUCCCUCAGAUGUGUUAGCAGUCCUGAGGUUUCGCCAACAUGAGAAUCGCCUGCCUGCUGCUAGCUGCUGCCUUUGUGUGGACGGCCGACGCGAUUGUUCGGAUUCCUUUAAAGAAGUUUCGCUCCAUAAGACGCACACUGAGUGAUUCUGGCAGAGCUGUAGAGGAACUCGUGGCCGGUUCUGUGCCUCUGAAAUACAACCUGGGCUUCCCAGCUAGUAAUGGUCCGACCCCGGAAACUCUCAAAAACUUUCUAGAUGCUCAGUACUAUGGAGAGAUCGGUAUUGGCACUCCAGUCCAGUCCUUUACUGUGGUAUUUGACACUGGAUCCUCCAACCUGUGGGUUCCCUCAGUCCACUGUUCUCUGACUGACAUUGCCUGCUUGCUUCAUCAUAAGUACAAUAGUGGCAAGUCAAGCACCUAUGUGAAGAACGGGACUGAGUUUGCCAUACAGUAUGGAUCAGGAAGCUUGUCUGGAUAUCUCAGCCAGGACACAUGCACGAUUGGGGACAUUAAGGUUGAGAACCAGAUAUUUGGAGAAGCUAUCAAGCAGCCAGGAGUAGCCUUCAUCGCAGCCAAGUUCGAUGGUAUACUUGGUAUGGCCUAUCCUCGCAUUGCUGUGGAUGGGGUCCCUCCCGUCUUCGAUAUGAUGAUGAGCCAAAAGAAAGUGGAGAAGAAUAUUUUCUCUUUCUACCUGAACAGGAACCCUGACACUCAACCUGGUGGCGAGCUGCUUCUCGGAGGCACAGAUCCUAAAUAUUAUACUGGAGACUUUAACUAUGUUGACAUCAGCAGACAGGCCUACUGGCAGAUUCACAUGGAUGGCAUGAACAUUGGAAGUGGGCUGACUCUGUGUCAAGGUGGAUGUGAAGCCAUCGUGGACACUGGAACCUCUCUGAUCACCGGCCCAUCCGCUGAGGUCAAAGCCCUGCAGAAGGCUAUUGGAGCGAUCCCUCUUAUCCAAGGAGAAUACAUGAUUGAUUGUAACAAAGUGCCCACGCUCCCCACCAUCUCAUUUGUACUGGGUGGAAAGACCUACUCACUGACUGGAGAGCAAUACAUUCUCAAGGAAAGCCAGGGUGGAAAGCAGAUCUGUCUGAGCGGCUUCAUGGGCCUGGAUAUCCCACCCCCCGCCGGACCCUUGUGGAUUCUGGGUGAUGUGUUCAUUGGGCAGUACUACACUGUGUUUGAUAGGGAGAAUAACCGAGUGGGCUUCGCCAAGUCUGUAUAAGCACGCCGAUUGAUUUAACACUGAAGUGAGGUGUCAUGAGAGUAAAGACAUUUGUCAAUGUCAUAUCUGCUAAAAUGACAAGAGUAUAGGUAUGAUCGUAUUGUUUGCACUGCUUUUAGCUUUCAAAUGUUUUUUUUUUAAAGAGGCUUGUGGAGAAGAAAUGAUUCAGGGAAACGUCAGUAAAAAGACAGUUAACACUCAUUUGCUUUGGAGCUUAUCUGAAUAUUUGUGAUCGUAACACAAGGUUUUAACAUUUUCGUUUUUUAAUUUUCGCAUGACAUGUUUAAUUUUAGACACUACCUAGUUUUUACUGUUGAAAAUGACCUUUCAAUGAUCCAACAAAUCAAAAUGGACAAUAAAGUUGUUUUAAACCCA